CUGGAAUCAUGGACUUUGGUAUCUGGGGAACGCCAGCUACUUGUCUACACCCUGCAUAGCAUUCGACAGUUAUGUUCGGUGUAUCGAGACGUUUAUUGUUUUCCCCAUCUCUCUGAGUCGUAGGGCAAUGCCAUUGGUGUUGCAAUGCUUUGGGAGAUUGAACAGGGCAAGCUUUGGCCGCUCGCAACCUCUUCACAGUCUCCCGACACCUCCUCCAACAGCCAACUCGAUUCCCUCUGCUGUCAGGAAGUUGAAUUAUAUCCGAGAAUCACCCUGCGCUGAUGUUGAAUGGGCGGGCUUGCCCACCUCCACCUCAAACCAGCCCCCCGAGACCGAUACACAAAUUCAAGACUCGGUGUCCUUGAAUCCGCCAGACCCGAACCGAUUUUCGAUAGCUGCCCCUGAUAGUCGGGGGGCAGGCACGACUCGGAACCCCAUAUAUCUCCCAAGAUUUGCCAAAGCUUGCGAAACUUCUGGAUUCGGCUCAUCAAUCGGGCCAGGUCUGUUAAACAAGCUAGCACCCCGAGAAGAUUUACCGUCGUGGGUAGCCCGCCUAUAUGCGGCCCUACGAAUCUACGAAGAAGAUGGCGUCCCUGAGCUUUGGAUUAUGGCGAAGAGGCACCAUGGCAUAUCCUCCUUGAAAAGUCCGGAAGCGGUGCAUAUUUGGAAGACUGUUCUCGACACUCUUCUCACCCGCGACGCGUCUCUGGAGCCUAUAUAUGACUAUGCCCUGUGGCUCCUGGACGCCCACUCCAUCCAAUUGCCAGACCUGUACUACCGGGUAGUAGCUCAUUGCCUUCGUAGUGGCAAAUAUCAUGGGGCUUUCUACUGGCAUUUGCGGCUGAUGCCCGACUUUGACCCAGGCAUCGAUUCCUUUGGCUCUCUCCUCCGAGAAUUCAUAGUUAACUCCGAAGUCAGGUUGCAAAACACACUGAUGUCGAUGUACACGGCUAGUUUGCACCGUGGUCUGUACGACAGACUUAUCCCGUAUCUUUUCGAGCGCGGGAAAUUGAACUUGUGCUAUGACUGGCGCAAGCUACUACUUCGACACCGCGACGUUCCCAAGCCUCUACCAACGGCUCAGCCCUUCUUGCGGUUUUUGGCUUGCUACUUCCCAAACAAGGCGCUCACUUCGGAGGAGAAGGCUGUCAUAGGGCUCUCCUUUCCCGCACUGCCCGAUCGCGCCGAUAGUCCAAACAUUUGGGAAACUCUCUCCGUCACCCAGGGUAAGCCCGGACAUGACGCAGGCAGACGACUCAACGAUGUUCUUGGUGCAAGAUGGUUCGCGAGUUCUUGGAUACCCCUCGAUAUUGCAGUCCAUGCACUACGCGGGCUUGGUGUACGGAACAUCGGACCUUUAUCCUUACAAUCCAUUGCUAUUCGCGAAGCAACUCCAGCCGCUGUCACAUCACGAUUGGAGCAGCUUCGAAACUUGGGCAUUGAUAUUGGACACUCAACGUACGCCAGGGCUGUUCGAUACUUCGCACGCUCUGGGAAUAGCGAACUCCUAACGCAGUUGCUGCGAAGCGAUAUUCAUCCAGACGUCUUCGACGACCUCAGUACUCAGGGCAUGAUUUUACGUGGUGGCGGUGGUUCAACAAACUCACGACACACGAGUCGGCUUCUCCUCGCCGUACAGCCUGCGGCCGCUCAGGAUUCAAUAGAGACCACCUCGAACGAUCUUUUAUGCCAGCAUCUAUCCCGUGGACAGUGUCGCCAAGCCAUCGGACUCUUGGAUGACAUGAGGGCGAUGGGCCUCAACAUCCAUCCACAAACGCUACACAGCAUACAUCAACAGCUUAUGCGGUCGUUGGAGUCUGUUGAUUUCUCUGCCACUCCCGAUCAUGGGCAGCAGGUCUCUGACUUGAUCGCUCUUGCAAAGAGGGUGGCGUUGCUUCCUGGCUACCUACCUUCUCGGUUUUGGCAGAAGGUCCUGUUCAACUUGGGCAAGUUUGGCCGCCUGGAUGAACUGGAACAUCUAGCUAUGUACCUCGUCGACGAUUGCCAGAACCGCAUCCUUCGCUACCCAGGGAGGAUAUCCGUUCACGUGUCUGAUUGUCCACACGAGUUUACCUUUGAGGAAGCUCGUGUUGGCAUCCCUCCAGACCUACCCAUCACCAGUGACUGGCAUCCUAUCCGGCGAAUUUUUCUGGACCACCGGCUCCAGGCUUCCAUGGUCCGGUGGGGUUUUCGGAAGGGGCUUACUUCGCCUUACUCUCUCCAUCGUCUCGCCACCACAAGAACAGGUCUUCGGCCUUCCGACUUCCACGUUGCGCGUGGAGUAAGGUUCCUCAAAGAGCUAGGGAGUCGUGGCAUUCCUCUAGACAGGCCCAUCAUCCGCAAGGAGGUAGUUCGGUGUAUAGCCCGGUACUCCCUAUCCGCCAAGGGAACACCUAGAGACGGCCGAGAUGAUUUGGACCUCAAUCAGAUGGCCAUGCUCUUCAACUUCACCUUUGGUGAUUGGCUUCUUCCAAGUGCCAUGGAGUUGCGAGACUUGAUGGUUAAAGAAACCUGACGAUAUUUCCUUCGGAUCAUCUGCUCCAUAGAAUCACCUACAUCGUCUCUGAAUAUGUUUGUCAAAUAAUAAAGCUGGCUGAAGAUAACUUCCUCCCACGCGCUUCAUAGGUAGUUUCGGGACAGGCAUUUCUCUCAAAAACGAAGCAUUGGAAGGAAGUUCACAGAUCAAUCAUUAGUUCUACAAGUGUGAGGUGCCGUCAUGGCAAGGUGUUACUGUAGGAGUCAGGCCUGCUCCUUGCCAUUAUUAUUGCCAUUGGCAGGUGCUCCUCUGUUUUCCUUCGGUUUUAUCAUCAGGAGGAUGAACAACCCUACUAUAAGAAUGAGAAGUAGCAGGAUAAUCUUCCUCUUGGUUGUUCUUUUCUGAUAUCCGGCAGCGAUGACAAAUUCUUUGUCCGCAGCCUUAACAUCGUUUGCCAUGUUCUCCACGUUGUAGUCUAUCCUGUCCAGCAUAGUGCCUUGAUCAAUAACC